UCGCGGUACAGCAACAGGAUUCAGUAAAAUAACUCAACUUUAUCUUUCUGCCGAUUGUGACUUAAUUUUUCACCUAUGCGCUUAUGGCAAUGGACGACUCCGGCACCCUGGAAGUAAGAUGGGUACAGGGCUUUACCAAUCAGCACGUGUCAUUUGCAAACAGCAGAACAAUUUGCUACCCUUGUGGGAACUUCGUCAUUUUCAAGAACACAGAAACGAAGGAAAAACAUAUUCUGCAGUGUCCAAGUGGGAGCAUCGGAGCCUUUGCCGUGCAUGGAAAAAGUGAGGUUGUGGCCUUCUCAGAGCAAAGGCUUAAUCCCAGCAUUUAUGUCUACACCUUUCCUGGCUUCGAGAAACGGGCUGAACUGAAAGGAGGAGCCAAGAUGAACUAUUCAAAACUUGCUUUCAGCCAUUCUGGGCCAUACCUGGCAAGCUGCUCCUUGCUCCCGGAUUACAACCUGACUCUCUGGAACUGGAAUGAACAGGUUCCCCUUUGUAGCUAUUCCCAGAUGGGAGUGGAGGUCACCAUUCUUCACUUCAACCCAACAAACUGGCACCAGCUCUGUACGGCCAAUAGGAAGAUGCUGACUUUGUGGAAUAUAGAGAGAUCUAACAAUGAAUACAUAAUGAAGCCUUCCUUCAUUAAUAUUCCUUCUGUGGAGGGUUCCUUUACUGAAGCUGAACAUGUUAGCUCUUAUCAUCUAGACUCCAGACUCACUUAUUACGGACCAAAGAUGCCAGUAUCUGCCAUAGCAGGAUUACUGGGUGAAGAAGCUGAAACAUUUCAGCCAAAAGAAGUCAUGAAAAAGAAAGUUCAUCCCUCAUCCUGUUGUUGGUCUGCAACAUCUGAUGUUAUUGUGGGCUGUGAAGAAGGCCAUCUUCUUCUUGUGACUUCUGAGACCCAGAAUGUAAUUUUCCUCUUCAAUCCCGUUGAUGAGGUUACAAGUCAAGAAAGCCUACAAAGAAACCUCAUUCAGGAUGGAAGUCUGCAGAGCCUGGCACUUCAUAGCAAUGGAAUAUACGCAGCAGGAAAUGAUGGCAUUCUGCGCUGUUUUCAUAUCAAAGGGAGUCAAAUCGAAAUAGAAGAAUGCUGGGUCACAGAAGAAUCAAUCAACUACAUUGAAUUUUCACCUGACUACAAAACAUUGGCUUUGUCAACCAGCACAGGGACUGUUUAUUCAUACAUGCUUGACCAGACUGAGCACAUUGACAAGAUUCUGGAUGAUCAGUGUGGAAAUUUCAUUUCUGCUAUGCCUUUAUUUCCUGGAAACAGCUACUGUGUGUCUAUAAGAGAAAUGGGUGAAGUUCAAGUAUGGUCUGUGCAAGAUGGCAGCAGGAUUAGCACUUUACCUCUUACAGAGAAGGUGACCUGCCUAGCUUCUUGCCCCAUUUCCAAAUGUGCUGUGGUUGGAACUGCUUCUGGAUACUUGUGCUUCAUUGACUUAACAACCAUUGAACAGCCGCGUGUGGUCCACAGACUUCGCCUGUACGAGUCUCCUGUGCUCCUACUGCAGUAUGAAAACGGAGGCCAUUUUUUGCUUACUGGAGCAUCUGAUAAGCGUAUUUUUAUACUGGAUGCCAGACCAUCCAAAAUGUUUGCAGUCAUAGGAUACAUAGAGAUAACUGGCAUUGUUCUAGACUUCUCAGUCUCCUAUAACAGAGAAGAUAAUCAGGUGAAGGUCAUUGCUUUGUCUGCUUUGGAGAAUCAAGUUUCAAAAGAAGGAACCCACCUGGAGAUAUUCAUACUGCCCGCUGAGCUUAUACAAGAUGCUUCUCGUUUUGUGGAUGAACGUGGAGCCAUCGGAAACAAUUCUAUACAAAAGCAUUCGGUUGAAACAAAGGAGCCAGUGUCUUCUGUAGUACUGGGGACAGACAACAGGGUUUUUGGCUACUGCAACGCGACUAAAUCAAUCCAAAAGUUUGUUUUGCCAGAGAACUUACAAAGUGUGAUCCUAACUCCAGAACAAGAAGUUAAAGGAUGUCAGCUAGGCCCGGCCUUUCUUUAUUUAUCUCCACACUGCCAAUUGUUGGCCUCAGUUGCUAAAGAUGGAUUUUUUCGGAUUCAAAAUUCAAACAGUCUUGAGACGUUUUCUCAGUUGCUGUGCCACUCAUACCAUACCAAUGGAAUCAGCGCCAUGUCUUUCUCAUUGGACUGUCAAGUUAUGUUUACUGUUGGCUCAAAUGAUGGAGCCCUUGUUUGCCUUCAGUGGAGGACUGACACUGCUGCAAGUGACAUCAUUCAAGAAGCCAUUACAUAUAGCCAGUUUCUUAUGUCUGAGUUGCAGAUCACCAUGUUAUCAGAGAAUAUGGAACUUGCCGCUCUGCCAGACUGGCAUGUUACUUCAGCCUCACCAUCUAACCUGCCAGAGGAAAAUGAGGCAAAGCAAGAAGAAGAUAAAGUGAGUGUGGAACUGUUUGAAAAAGAUGAUAGUUACACUAGCCCAACUCUGGGCAGAACAGAAGAUGCCACAUGGCUUAGUCAGAAAGAAGACGAGGUCAUGAAGAAGGAAAGCUUACAAUUUAAGGAUGCAAAGAAAAAUCUUAGAAAAGGUAUUAAGCAGCUUCGUAAAACAAUCCAGCAGAUGAUGCAUGAGAAUGAGAAUCUGCCUGAAUUAGAGAGACUGGAUCAACAAGAAUUUAACCUGGAUGUGGAAGAGCAAGAAAGGCUUCAAGCAGAAGGGGAAAGCGAAGUGUCGAGGAUACGCAAUGAAAUUGAGAUGGAUAAUCUAGCUAUGAACUACCUGCGUGAUGCCAUCAAACAGGAAUACUGGGACUCUAUGAAAGUCAAAGGACGAGGCAUUAAGGCGUUCCACGUUGAUAAUGUUGUGAAAAACUUUCCAAUGAAACAGCGUUCAGCGGCAUCACUUAAGGAGCUUGAAAAAGCACGUGACCAGAGAGCGAAUGAAAUUGCCGACUUACAAGUCCGCAAGGCCAACACUGAGAGAAAACCAAAGAUAACAUUAGAUAAAGAUGAUGACGAGAAUGAAGAUGAGGGAAAGGAGACUGAGAGUUCAUCUCUAACAGGCAGCCUGAGCAACGAAUAUGGCAUCUCAGACCCGGAUUUGUACAGCCAGUUUGUCCUCAACACAAAAGAGCAGAAAAUCAAUCAGGUUAUUCUGUUGAAGGAUGUCAUUUAUCGUAUCAAAGAAUCAUUCAACAAGGAAUUUGAUGCGGUUUAUAAACAAAAGGAACAGGAAAUAAACCGAGUAUUGGACAAAAACCAGCGAAUACUGGAGAUUAUGGCCGAUCUAGAUAUACAGGACACUUUAUGGGAACCGCAACUUAGUGAAUAUGAAAAACCAGAAAGGGUAUUCAUCGUAGAAGAUUCAGAGGUUAAGGUUGAAAAAUUCCUCACUCCAGAACAGAAGCUGAAAGAGGAAGAGAAAGCUAAGCUAGAAGAGCAAAGAAGACUCUUAGAUAAGGGUGACCAGGCCAGAGAAAGAGCUCUAGAUGACAUGAUGGAUGGCAUGCUGGAAGUGAAGACUGAAGACGUAUUAAAAAUUGAAAUUCCAAGGCCCGAAUUUGCAUCACAGCCAGAAGAUCACUGGACAGAGGACGAGAGAAAACAAUUUAAAGAAUAUGAGAAGAAAGUAAAAGAGCUUGCAGAGGAACGUGAAAAAUACAGAAAGAUACUGGAAGCAGAAAUGAAAAAACUACAAGGCUCUAUCAAGGACACGACUCAGGCGUUUGACGACACCCUUGCCAAGUUAUUUGAGAAGAAAGUGAAAUGCGAAAUGAUGGUUUACCAGGAGGAACUUAAAAUAUCACAUCUAGUUUUUUCAGUUCUAAUUGAAGAAGAGCUGCACAACCAUGAAACAGAGCUCAACUACCUUCUGGAAAAAACAAAGGAAAUGAAGAACAGAAGUGCAGAAGAAGUAAAACAAUGCAAAGAGCAAGUUGAUGCCUUCAGAGAGACUUACGAUAACUGUGUCGCAGAAGACAAACUACUUGAUCGAGGAUUCAGAAAAGAAUUCACUGAUGUCCAUGCUCAUAUGGUUGACCAGUUGUACAAACUCUACAAGCGGAGACCUCGGGUCCAAACGAUAAGAACACAGGCAGAAACAAACCCUUUUGGUGAUCGACCAGGAUCUGCACAGGCUGUCAGUGAGGCCCUCUCUCAUCUGAUGUCUGCAAUGGAUGAGUUGGAUGCACCAGAAAACAUACCAGAGGAUCUUGGUCUGCCAGUCUGGGAGAGGUUCUGUCUGUCAAGAAGGACCAAAGUGAAAAGUGAACAAGAGGUAAAGCGGAAAGCCCUCACUCUAGCUGAGAUGCAAGCAUUUCUACAUAAGAGAAUGGAGGAGGAUGAACAGAAUAGGCAGGCAAUUGAAAACAUUGUAGAAAAUCUCAAUGUCUUACGGGACGUUAAGGUUCAGUUCCAACUGAAUUUAAUGGUGCAGAUCUUGCUAAAACAAGGACAAGUGGAAGUGGACAGUGACAGUUUUAUAACAGACUAUUCAGACUCGGUUCUUCUCCACAGAAGUGUUGUUGAAGAUCUAAAUGGAACAAUUAAGACUAUUGGGGAUCAGAAGAUUGCCACCAUGAUGAAAAUUAAAGAUUUCCGAAAGGGGAUCAUCAUUCAAGAGUGGGAGCACUUGAAAAUGAAAAUGCAGAUGGAGGAUUUAAACAAUAAACAUAGAGAUAUUCAAAUGCUGAAGUUCUCCAAGGAAUUACAAGAGUACCUGAAUGAACGUGAUCAUGAAAGCCACUUAAUGCAUCAGAUUUCAGUUCUGGAGAAAACCAUUGCUGCACAAGUAAAGAACCAUCAGAAAAAUGUAAAAAAUGUAAAGAGGAUUAUUAAAGAUAUAGAGAGACAAAUCAAAGUAAAGGCAGAUGACAACACCAUCCUGGAUGAGGAGCUAAAGGAAAUGAUAAUGGUUGUUGCAGAAAGACAACAAAUCUAUGAUGCUGUUGCUGUGGAAGAUAACAUAGCACUGAAUAAUAAAAAACGAUACCAGGACAUUGUUCAGAGGAAGAAACUGGUGGAUCUGGCAAAGACUCAAGCUCAAGAAGCAGCCAUACUAAAAGAUAAACUUGAGAAACUGAGGAUGAGAACUUUUCCUGCUUUGGUGCAACUAGAACACUGAAAAUUCCAACAUUCUUCAUUCUAA